AUGGCGUGGGGAUACUGGAGUGCGACGUCCGUCAGCGACAGGGGCAGGUCCCCCAGGAGAGAGAAGGACAAGCACAGCCAGCUGUAUCAGCAGCAGCAGCAGCAGCAACAGUACUCCCAGCAGUACCCGCAGUCGCAGCAGUCUCAACAGCAGCAGCAGGUAUGCGAAGGCCUGCAGACCAGCUCCGGGACGCAGCAGGUGCAGCAGCAGGCUGAGCCGGGGAGCGGCGCAGCAGCGGGCAGUUCCGCCGAGGAAACACCCUUCUGCGGAAUGAUGAUCAAGGGCGGCUCGUUCUACUCGUACUCGGCUGCGACAGCAGCGGUGGCCGCUGCCUCCGCUGCAGUCGUCGCGCGGUCCAGGGCCUCGGGUGCUGGGCCUGAGGGGCCCCAGGUGGGCCUCAUUCCCAGGGAUCACGUUCAGCCUAGACCCUCCCAGGCUCUGGGGCCCAACUAUCCGCCUUCCCCGGGCAGCGAGUCCGCCGACUACGAGCAGCCGCACGUUCCCCAGAACAGCUACCAAAUUAGACCUGAGAGCCCUGGGACCGAGGUCCUCCCGCCCAUCGCUGCGUCCAGGAUCAUCCCCAGGCGGGACGACCUAGAGGAAGAGUGCUCCGAGGUCGAGCUGGAUGACAACCUACCCUCCGAGAUCAUCUAUCCUGAUAGCGCCUAUCUGGGACAGCCUGGCACCAGCGGGUGCUUGCUCCAUGGGAUGUACUACCCAGGGAUGGAGUACCCUCACUCGGUGUCUUCCCUCAGGGUCGAGGAACACUCUACCGGGCCGCCGUCCACUUCUCAAUUCUGGUUCAACGAUAUCACCUGGGUCUUCCCGAACGUGCCCGCGGCUCCUGGGAUGCCCUGUCAGGGCGAAGACAGGAGCAUCUACCGACGAGGAGCGCGCAGAUGGAGGAAACUCUACCGAGUUAAUGGUCACAUAUUCCAGGCGAAACGUUUCAAUCGAAGGGCAUUUUGUGCGUACUGCCAGGACAGAAUUUGGGGACUAGGACGGCAGGGAUUCAAGUGCAUCCAGUGCAAGUUGCUGGUGCACAAAAAGUGCCACAAGGUGGUAAGAAAGCCCUGCCUGAGCCUGCAGCAACAGCAACAGCUACAGCAGCUGCAGUCGACGGACUCUCAGUCCGACAGAAAUGGCGACCAGCAGCAGCCGGAUUCGCCGCAGAGUUGUCAAGCCGCACACCUCGACGACGAAACCGCGGAUUCGGCAGCCCUCGACGACCCAUCGCGAAAUCGUACGGGGAGCGAAGAGGGCGAGGAAUUGGCACUGGAUGCCGUUACGGGAGGCGAUGGUGGCAACGAGAUGCAGAGGCAGUACUCAUUGAGCGACUUCGAGCUGAUCCGAGUAAUCGGCCGCGGGUCUUAUGCCAAGGUCUUGAUGGUGGAGCUGAAGCGCACGAAGAGGAUCUACGCGAUGAAGGUGAUCAAGAAGGCCUUGGUCACGGACGACGAGGACAUCGACUGGGUGCAGACGGAGAAGCACGUUUUCGAGACCGCCUCGAACCACCCGUUCCUCGUCGGUCUGCACUCGUGCUUCCAAACGCCGUCGCGACUCUUCUUCGUCAUCGAGUUCGUCCGCGGCGGCGACCUUAUGUUCCAUAUGCAGAGGCAACGUCGUCUUCCCGAAGAGCACGCCCGGUUUUACGCCGCCGAGAUCAGCCUGGCGCUCAAUUUCUUGCACGAAAAAGGUAUCAUAUACCGCGACCUGAAGCUGGACAACGUACUGCUGGACCACGAGGGCCACGUCAAGCUGACGGACUACGGAAUGUGCAAGGAAGGGGUCAGAGAGGGCGACACCACCGCCACGUUCUGCGGCACGCCGAACUAUAUAGCACCUGAGAUAUUGAGAGGAGAGGACUAUGGAUUCUCCGUCGAUUGGUGGGCUCUGGGUGUGUUGCUCUAUGAGAUGCUGGCCGGCCGCAGCCCCUUCGACAUUACCGGGGCGUCCGAGAAUCCCGACCAAAAUACCGAGGACUACCUCUUCCAAGUGAUCCUGCAGAAGACCAUCCGCAUUCCCCGCACCCUCUCCGUUAAGGCCGGGUCGGUCCUCAAGGGCUUCCUCUGCAAGGACCCUGCGGAGAGGCUGGGCUGCGGACGCGGACCUUCCGCCUUCCUGGACAUCGUCGAUCAUCCCUUCUUCAAGGCCAUCGACUGGGAAAUGCUGGAGCAAAAGCAGGUCACGCCGCCUUAUAAGCCACACUUGGAUUCCGAUCGCGAUUUGGCAAACUUCCCGCCAGAGUUCACGGACGAGCCCGUUCAUCUCACACCCGACGAUCCGAGGGUCAUCGAGAAGAUAGACCAGAGCGAAUUCGAGGGCUUCGAAUACGUGAACCCGUUGUUGAUGUCCUUGGAGGACUGCGUGUGACAAGAGCCAGAUGGGCCAGCCGAGCACCGGUUCCUGGAGCAGUGCCAGUUCCUGGAUCAACAUCAUCAGCGGCAGCCGUACACCGUGUACAAUCUGCAGAACGAGUUCGCCUUGUU